AUGUUAAAUCAGCUUGGGUACAACACUAAAAACUUGAAAGAUGCAAUUAAAAAAUUUCAAGGUGACAAUGGACUUUCUGUGGAUGGGCGAGCUGGGCCGAGUACAGUGUCUAAACUCCAGGCUUUGACAAACAGUUCUCCGAAACGUGUUCCAAAGAAAGCUCCCAAAAGGUCUCCCAAGAAAAAAGCAUUACCAAAGAAGAGGAAACUUCCAGCGCCGAAAAAACCCGUUCAAAAAAGAAAGAAACUCGUCAACAAACCUGUGAAACCUAAGAACCAGAAGAUCAGAGUUCCUUUCAAAAAGCAAAACAAUUUAAAGAAAAACACUGCGAAAUCCAAAAGAGAGAAAUUGUCUCAAUUAAAAAAGAAGGAAACACCUUCAAAAGUGUCUAAAUCAGUGCAGCAGAUGCUUGAAAAACUUGGAUUUAUCUGUGGGAAGAAUGGAGAAAAGGCGGGAUCUGCUCUCAAGAGUUUUCAAAGUCAAAAUGGCCUUCGUGUGACUGGAAAAGUCGAUACAAUGACUCUUAAGAAAUUACAAGAGAAGGUUAAAGGAAAGAAAGACGCUAUAAAGUCCAAGAAAGACAAACUUAAAGACAAACGAGAGAAGAAGAAGACACAGCGCAAGGACAAACUUCAAAAGAGAAAACAGAAAGCACAAGCCCAAAAAGAGAAGCGUAAAAAAGAGCGCAAAAACAAACGUAAAGAUCAAAGAAAAGACAAGCGCGAAGCCCGACGAAAAGACUUAAAAGACAAAAAAGAGAAGAAAGACAAAAAGACUCAAGACAAGAAUAAUGACAAGAACAAAACGACUUACACUUACUCCGCACAAACAAAACACGUCCAACAAAUGUUAAUUAAAUUGGGAUACAACUGUGGACCCAAAGGUGCUGAUGGUAAAUUAGGACCAGACACAACAAAUGCUAUAAAGAAGUUCCAAGGCGACAAUGGACUUCAAGUUGAUGGCAAAGCGGGGCCACAAACUAUAAAGAAAUUAGAGAGUAAGACUGGAGGAAGUUCGAGUAAUAAUAACAGUGGAACAUCUAAUGGAAAACCAUCAUCGGAAGGGUUUGCUACUAAACCAUCGACUUCGUACUCUGCGCAGACUAAACACGCGCAAGAGAUGUUAAUUAAAUUGGGAUAUAAUUGUGGACCUAAAGGCGCUGAUGGCAAAUUGGGACCAGACACAACAAAUGCAGUAAAGUCUUUUCAACAGAAGAAUGGCUUGACUGUCGAUGGGAUCAUUGGACCAAACACUAUUAAAAAAUUGGAGGCGAUGACUUCUUCUUCGGGAAGUUCUAAUACUCCACAAAAUCCAAGUCAAAAGCCGAGUGCGCAGAGUCAACAGUACUCUGCACAAGUUAAACAUGCGCAAGAGAUGUUAAUCAAAUUGGGAUAUAAUUGUGGACCAGAUGGUGCUGAUGGAUAUGCUGGUCCAAACACAGUCAAUGCCGUCAAACAGUUCCAACAGAAAUAUGGACUUGCAGUUGAUGGAAAAGUAGGACCACAGACAAUAUCAAAAUUGGAGUCUUUGACUAAAAAUAGUUCAAGUGCAAACACUCAAGUCGCACAACCUAAGUACUCUGCACAAGUUAAACAUGCACAAGAGAUGCUUAUAAAGCUUGGAUACAAUUGUGGACCGGAUGGGGCUGACGGGUAUGCUGGUGUAAAUACAGUCAAUGCCGUCAAACAGUUUCAGAAGAAGUACAAUUUAAUGGUAGAUGGAGAAAUUGGACCACAGACAAUAUCAAAAUUGGAGUCUUUGACUGGGAUGACAACACAAACCUCAACUGGAAAGGGAGGAUCACCCCAUUUGACUCACAUGACUACGAACAGAGUAGCGGACUCUCCCAAUCACCCAGUUUGUAAAUCGCAAAAUAGAUGCUACGAAGAGGUCUUCUAUUUACAGUGCGACAGUCGAUGGGCCACUCAUAUGUACUCCGGGUCGAAAAAUAAGAACAAAAAUGUGUGUAACGGGGGGUGCGGACCAACGUCGAUGGCUAUGGUGAUAGCAACGUUGGUUGAUGGGAGUGUGACGCCAAAUGUCAUUUCGGACUUUUCAAUGAACAAUGGAUGGAAAGACGACGAUGUGGGGACGUACUGGUCACUCUUCCCAGCAGCUGCAAAGAAGUAUGGACUACACUAUGAAACGGUUCACUGCAAUAUGGACAGAAUGAGAACACUUGUGAACGCAGGAGGGUUGGCUGUAACUUCAAUGGGUCCACCAGUAUGGACUAAAUAUGGACACUUUAUUUCAGUCAAUUCGUUUGAUGGAGACUAUGUGUGGGCACAUGAUCCUUAUUAUCACGGUGUCCAAAGCCAGAAAGUGAGUGAGUUUAAAAGUCAAUGUAAAGAGGGGUGGGUCUUUUGGGUAUAA